AGGAUAAGAGCAGCCUCCCCGGCAUCAACAGGCAGAGAACAGGCAAGAGCAGUGACAAUGACCAGCCAGUCCCGGGGCAUCCAGCAACUUCUCCAGGCAGAGAAACGGGCAAAGGACAAGUUAGAGGAAACAAAGAAACGAAAAAACAAGCGCUUGCGGCAAGCGAAGGAAGAGGCAACGGCAGAAAUUGACCAGUACAAGUUAAAUAGAGAAGCAGACUUCCGGCACAUCCAGACAUCUGUGAUGGGGUCCCAGGGUAACCUGGCAGUGAAGAUAGAGGAACAAACUGUCGAGAAGGUUCAGAUCUACAAUUCCAGUUACCAUAAAUACAAGGAGGGCAUAUUAAAAGAACUGCUGGAUUUAGCAUACAAUAUAAAACCAGAACUCCACACAAAUUACAAAUACAAGGUUCAAUAAAGCAGAUGUGCCUAAGCAGAAGCUGGCUGAGAAUUUAAGCUUCUGUUGAAAAAAUGUUUUUUUUCCUUGUAAAAUCCUUACUGUUUCGCCUCCAACCCCUCCACAACGACCUACAACAUGACUUGGUAUUGGAUUGGGAUUUGGAGGAGUAUUUAAAAAUCGUUUAAAAAGAAGGAACUUUAAAGAGAAAAUAAAUAUCCAUAUCUAUAACCAUCUCUCUCUCUCUAUAAAUAUAUAUAUGUAUACUGUAUACAUGUGUGUGUUCUUUAUUGGCCUGCUAAUGAGCACAGAAUAAUAAGACUUCUUCAUGUUCUGUUCAUGUUUAAUAAAAGCACUAGAAAUUC